GUUCCAAAGAAAUCCUGGGAAUGCAAACUUCUGAGAUGGACAGAAAGAGAGAAGCUUUCUUGGAACAUCUGAAGCAGAAGUACCCGCAUCAUGCCACGGCCAUCAUGGGACACCAGGAGAGGCUGCGAGACCAGACAAGAAGCCCCAAGCUGUCUCACAGCCCUCAGCCGCUCAGCUCAGACCCAGUAGAACACCUGUCGGAGGCAUCGGGCGACUCCUUGGAAGUCAUGUCUGAGGGCGACGCUCCAAGCCCCUUCUCCCGAGGCAGCCGGACUCGAGCCAGCCUCCCCGUGGUGCGUUCCACCAACCAGACCAAGGAGAGGUCUCUGGGGGUCCUCUAUCUGCAGUACGGAGAUGAAACCAAGCAGCUCAGGAUGCCGAACGAGAUCACCAGUGCGGACACAAUCCGCGCCCUCUUCGUAAGUGCCUUUCCACAGCAGCUCACCAUGAAGAUGUUGGAGUCCCCCAGCGUGGCCAUUUACAUCAAAGAUGAGAGUCGCAAUGUUUAUUACGAGCUGAAUGAUGUCAGGAAUAUUCAGGACCGAUCGCUCCUCAAGGUGUACAACAAAGACCCCGCUCACGCGUUCAAUCACACGCCCAAAGCCAUGAACGGAGACGCCAGGAUGCAGAGAGAAAUCGCUUAUGCCAGAGGAGACGGCGCUGGAUCCCGACCCGGAUCAGCCGCUCAUACUCCCCACGCCAUCCCGAGCUCUCCACCAUCCACACCUGUGCCCCACUCCAUGCCUCCCUCCCCAUCCAGGAUCCCGUACGGGGGCUCCCGGCCCAUGGCGAUGCCUGGCAACGCCACCAUCCCCAGGGACAGACUGUCCAGCCUGCCCGUGUCCAGAUCUAUGUCGCCCAGCCCAAGCGCCAUCCUAGAGAGGAGAGACGUCAAGCCCGAUGAGGACAUGGCGGGCAAAAACAUGGCCCUGUACAGGAACGAGGGUUUCUACGCGGACCCCUACCUCUAUCACGAGGGGCGCAUGAGUAUAGCCUCUUCACACGGAGGCUACCCACUGGAUGUCCCCGAUCACAUCGUCGCCUACCACCGCACAGCCGUCCGCUCGGCCAGUGCCUACUGCAGCCCCUCCAUGCAAGCCGAGAUGCAUCUGGAGCAGUCGCUGUAUAGGCAGAAGUCCCGGAAAUACCCCGACAGCCAUCUGCCCACGCUGGGCUCCAAGACGCCGCCCACCUCCCCGCACCGGGUAGUGGGUGACCUGCGCAUGCUGGACCUGCACGGGCACGGCGCCCAUGGGCCCCCACUGGCUUUGCCGCCUGACCGCGCUUCACCCAGCCGCCAGUCCUUCAAGAAGGAACCAGGUACCUUGGUGUACCUGGAAAAGCCACGGAACCUUCCCGGCUUCGUGGACCUCGGGCCACCCCUGGUGGAGAAGCAAGUUUUUGCCUACAGCACGGCUACGAUCCCCAAAGACAGAGAGACCAGAGAGAGGAUGCAAGCUAUGGAGAAGCAGAUUGCCAGCCUCACAGGGCUUGUUCAGUCUGCGCUGUUCAAAGGGGCCAUUCCAAGUAAUAGCAAAGAUGCCUCUAGUGAGAAAAUGGUGAAGACGGCAGCCAGCAGGAGCCACACUGAUGGUGCAGGCACGUCUCAUGUUCCUGGCAGGAAGACCCCGGAGUCUGCCAUGCUGCCUGGCCAGCCUGCACCCCCCGGCACCUCAGCCAUUCACCUGAGCCUGCUGGACAUGCGGCGUAGCGUGGCCGAGCUCAGGCUCCAGCUCCAGCAGAUGCGACAGCUACAGCUGCAGAACCAGGAGAUGCUUCGGGCCAUGAUGAAAAAGGCAGAGCUGGAAAUCAGCAGCAAAGUUGUGGAGACCAUGAGGCGCCUGGAGGACCCGGUGCAGAGACAACGCACCCUGGUGGAGCAAGAGAGGCAGAAGUAUCUACGGGAGGAGGAGAGGAUCGGCAAGAAGCUGGGCGAGCUGGAGGAGUUUGUGGAAGACCUGAAGAAGGACUCCACGUGUACAAGCCGUGUGGUCACCCUGAAAGACGUGGAGGACGGGGCCUUCCUCCUGCGACAAGUAGGGGAGGCUGUGGCCACCCUGAAAGGGGAGUUCCCCACCCUGCAGAACAAGAUGCGAGCCGUCCUGCGCAUCGAGGUGGAGGCCGUGCGCUUCCUGAAGGAGGAGCCACACAAGCUGGACGGGCUGUUGAAGCGGGUGCGGGGCCUCACGGACGUGCUGACCAUGCUGCGUAGACAUGUCACGGAUGGGCUCCUGAAAGGUGCUGAUGCCUCCCAAGCCGCUCACUACGUGGCCAUGGAGAAGGCCACGGCAGCAGAAGUCCUGAAGGGCCAAGAGGAGGUCCCCAGCCCCAGCAGCGUGAAGCCGGAUGUGGUGCCCCUGAUGGUCCACCAGGCACAGAGCUCACCUGUGCUCCUGCAGCCCUCACAGCACUCACUGGCCCUGCCCAAUCCUGGCCAGGCGGUGCCUAUACCUGCAGGGACCACAGCUGCCACGCAGGAAGGAGGCCCCAUGCCACAGUCCCCACAGACACCUGUGAGUGGCGCUACCAUGCAAAGCCUGCUCAUGGAGGACCUGCAUGGUGUGGGUGCCAAGAACAGGGCCAUGUCCAUCGAGAAAGCAGAAAGGAAAUGGGAAGAGAGGAGGCAAAACCUGGACCACUAUGAUGGCAAAGAGUUCGAGAAGCUGCUGGAAGAAGCUCAGGCCAACAUCAUGAAGUCCAUUCCGAACCUGGAGAUGCCACCAGCCCCAGGCCCGCCACCCAAGGGAGACGGCACGCUGGACAAGCUGGAACUCUCAGAAGAUUCGCCAAAUUCAGACCAGGACUUGGACAAGCUGGGGGGACGGUCCCCGCCUCCUCCUCCCCCACCCCCGCGGCGAAGCUACCUGCCGGGAUCUGGGCUCACCACCACGAGGUCGGGAGAUGUGGUCUACACCAGCAGGAAGGAGACUGCCACAACCAAGGCAAGCAGUGAGGACACUGGACCAAGCGCCCAGCCCAGAGCCGCCAAGUGUCCACCAGAGGAGCCCACACCAGCCUGGACACCGUCCUCACCAGCAGUCACUGCCUCCUCCAAGGAUGAGGAGGAGGAAGAAGAAGGAAAGAAAAUCAUGGCUGAGCUGCAGGCUUUCCAGAAGUGCUCCUUUACGGAUGUAAACUCAAACAGUUACGCUGAUCAGCCCCGGGCUGACCCUAGGCCGGGCACCUCAGCCCCAGCCAAGGAGAAAAAGAACUCGGACUUUUCUCGCGAAGAUGCACGGAAAUCUGAGGUUGUCAACGAACCCUGCCCCCAAGUGGCGUCACAAAAGGUUACGCCAGGGGCCCUGAGACCCAGUGACACCCCCAGGUGGGAGAAUAAUGUGUAUGAGGCAUCCAGAACUGCCCAGUACAAAACCGUUAUCUUAGGGCAGGAGGAUUCCCGGCCCAGUGACACCAGAGACUGUGGGCCUGAGACCAGUCCCAGCUCGUCCAGCGUGAGCUCACUGGAAGAUGAAAGACCCAAUGGGCCACAGCCCCCAGGGCUGCAGCUCCCUGCGCCAGGCAUGGAAUCUCAGAAGCUGAAUUCUGCAGAGACCAAGGAGAAAGAUCAAGAAAAAGUAGCACACACGGGGAGGGCUCCCACUGCUUCUCCAGCCCCAGCACCGGAGCAGGGCCAAGCACAGGAUGCAGAGGUUCCCCUGACAGGCGUGAGCCAAGUUGUCCUAAGACCCAAAGGGGCCCGGCAUGCAAACACAGCCCCCGUUGAGGACGGGGACUCCAUCCUGAGCUCCCCUGCUGAGGACAACAUCGCCUUCAUGAUCACCAAGACGGCCGUGCAGGUGUUGUCCAGUGGCGAAGUGCGCGACAUUGUGAGCCGCAAGGGGGAGGAGGUGCAGACAGUGAAUGUGGACACAAGAAAGGAGCCAGCGUCGCCGCAGGAUGGGCCGGGACCCGAGGAACCCGUCCUGUGCCUGGACAAAAAGCCGGUGAUCAUCAUCUUCGAUGAGCCCAUGGACAUCCGCUCUGCCUAUAAGAGGCUUUCCACCAUUUUUGAGGAAUGUGAUGAGGAGUUGGAGAGAAUGAUGACCGAGGAGAAGAUAGAGGAGGAGGAAGAGGAGGAGGAGAAUGGGGAUGCUGUGGUCCAGAAUAGCAACACUCCAGUGUCUGCCACCAAGGUGGCCUCGGGCAGUGUGGGAACCAGACAAGCGUCCGAGACCAGACUGCAGCCACUGUCACCUCUGGGGGCAGAGAAUAGGAGUCCAGGAAGCCUAGAAAGAAAGAAUUCUGAACUGAGCAAGUUGAGUCCAGGAGAUGCCCCAACCUCCGAUGGCAGGUGUGAUACAGCUGAGGACCAGUUUGAAAGUCCCAAGAAAAAGUUCAAAUUCAAAUUCCCCAAGAAGCAACUGGCUGCUCUCACGCAGGCCAUUCGCACGGGCACCAAGACAGGGAAGAAGACACUUCAGGUGGUGGUAUACGAGGAGGAAGAGGAGGAUGGCACGCUGAAACAACACAAGGAGGCCAGGCGCUUCGAGAUCACCAGUUCACAGCCGCCGGAGGAUACCCCCCGGAGCCCGGCCCAUGGACUCGAGGGAACAUCCCAAGCUUCCAGAACCGAUGAGAUCCGGAAAAACACCUACAAGACCCUGGACAGCCUGGAGCAGACCAUCAAGCAACUGGAAAGCACCAUCAGCGAGAUGAGCCCCAGAGCCCUGGCUGACUCCCGUCCUCCCACCAGGGACUGCAGUGCCAGCUCCCCCCACGAGGCUCCCGAACCCCCUCCCUGCACCCUGCUAGCGAGGGAUGAUGCGCCCACUGCCCCAGAGUCCCCCACGCCCGUACCGCCACCUUCACGUAAGGGCUCUGGCGGGACCCCACCAACCAGCAGGAUGCCGGUGCCCAUGACUUCCAAACACAGACCGGGGAGCUUGGACAAGGCCAGCAAGCCGUCCAAACUGCAGGACCCACGCCAGUACCGCCAGGCUAACGGAAGCGCUAAGAAAGCUGGUGGGGACUUUAAGCCCACCUCCCCUUCCCUACCUGCUUCUAAGAUUCCAGCCCUUUCUCCCAGCUCGGGGAAAAGCAGUUCUGUACCUUCAGCUAGCGGUGACAGCCCUCACCUUCCCCACGCGCCCGCCACUAAACCAACGGUUGCUUCUAACCCUCUCAGCCCCUCCACAGCACGGCCCGCUCCCUCUGCCUCCCUCAUCCCUUCUGUCUCUAAUGGCUCCUCCAAGUUCCAGAACCCCACUCACACAGGGAAAGGCCACCACCUCUCCUUCGCACUGCAGACUCCCAAUGGCCGGGCCACCCUGCCCCCCUCCUCCUCUGCCUCCACGCCUCCCUCCCCUGCCUCCCCCACCACCACCCUGAGUCAAGGUGCCAAGGGUGCCAGGACCCUGCACACUCCUGGCCUCACCAGCUACAAGGCACAGAAUGGAAGUUCCAGCAAGACCACACCCAUCGCGGCCAAGGAAACCUCUUAA